AUGGGUUUGUACACCUUAGUCGCAACGUUCCUCUGCACUCUCGUGCUCCCGGUUUUGCUGUUUUUAGUAGCAGUUAAAUUGUGGGAGAUGUACAUGAUCCGUGGACGUGAUCCAAGCUGUCGGAGUCCCCUGCCUCCUGGCACCAUGGGCUUGCCGUUUCUAGGCGAGACGCUUCAGCUGGUCCUGCAGAGAAGAAAGUUCCUCCGGAUGAAACGGCAGAAAUACGGAUUUAUCUACAAGACCCAUCUCUUCGGCAAUCCCACCGUGCGAAUCAUGGGAGCGGAGAAUGUGAGGCAGAUACUGCUGGGCGAACAUAAACUCGUCUCUGUUCACUGGCCCGCGUCCGUAAGAACCAUUCUGGGCUCCGACACCCUUUCCAAUGUGCACGGAACGCAGCACAAGAACAAGAAAAGGGCGAUCAUGAAAGCGUUCUCACGCGAAGCCUUGGAUCACUACAUCCCCGUUAUCCGCGAGGAGGUGAGAUGCGCGGUUAAGCACUGGCUGCAGAGCGAUUCUUGCGUGCUGGUGUACCCGGAGAUGAAGCGGCUCAUGUUCCGCAUCGCAAUGAGGAUUCUUCUUGGGUUCGAGCCCGAACAAAUCAAGACAGAUGAGCAGGAGCUGGUCGAGGCGUUUGAAGAAAUGAUCAAGAACCUGUUCUCCCUCCCUAUCGAUGUCCCUUUCAGCGGCUUAUAUCGGGGUUUGAAAGCUCGCAACUUCAUCCAUUCCAAAAUCGAAGAAAAUAUUAAAAAGAAGAUCCAGAACUGUGUUGACGAAAGAAAGCACAAGGAUGCACUUCAGUUGUUGAUCGAGAAUUGCAGGAGAAGCGAGGAGCCAUUCAGCAUCCAGGAGAUCAAAGAGUCUGCGACGGAACUGUUAUUCGGCGGGCAUGAAACUACGGCCAGCACUGCCACCUCUCUGGUGAUGUUCCUGGGACUGAAUCAGGAUGUGGCACAGCGCGUGAGACAGGAGCUUCAAGAGUCGGAAUUGCUUGGCAUGCAUUCUGAGGAGAAAGCUGUGAACAUCGAGUUGCUGGAGCAGCUGAAGUACACGGGGUGCGUCAUCAAAGAAACGCUGCGCAUUAACCCCCCUGUCCCCGGAGGCUUCCGCGUGGCCCUGAAAACGUUCGAACUCAAUGGUUACCAGAUUCCGAAAGGAUGGAACGUCAUUUACAGCAUUUGUGACACACACGACGUCGCUGACGUGUUCCCCAACAAGGAGGAGUUUCAGCCCGAAAGAUUCAUGGCCAAAUCUCCCGAAGACUCUUCGAGGUUUAACUACAUCCCAUUUGGAGGGGGCUCGAGAAUGUGUGUCGGCAAGGAAUUCGCAAAAGUUUUACUGAAGAUAUUCUUAGUAGAGCUGAUUACGAAGUGCAACUGGACUCUGUUGAACGGACCCCCAACAAUGAAAACGGGUCCUACCGUUUACCCAGUGGACAACCUCCCCACAAAGUUCUGCAGCUAUGUUGAAAAUUAAAGCCCCCCUCCCCC